CUCAUGUGGACCUUCUUCGCCCUCGCAACAAUCGGCCUCGCAUUCCGCUUCUACACCCGCAUCAAAUGCUUCUGCCGCCUCCUCGCCGACGACUACCUCGCCGGCUUCGCCUGGUUCCUCCUCCUCGUCAGCGCUUGCAUCUGGGACAUGACCAUCGACGGCAUGUACGAAGUGACGCGCGUGAGCGCGGGGCUGCAACAGCCCUCAGCCAAUUUCCAGCACAACGCGCAUCGGUUCCUGGUUGGGUCGAAUGUUGCGCUGGUUAUGUUCUACGUCGGGCUCUGGACGAUCAAGCUCAGCUUUCUAGUGUUCUUCUACCGCCUCGGGAACCAAAUCAGGCGGUAUCAGAUCAUGUGGUGGAUAGUUACGGCGUUUACGAUUGCGUCGGGACUAGCGUGUGUGGGGUCGAUUCAGUAUCACUGUCUUUCGGAUCCGUUUGAGAAGGUUUAUAUGAAUUGCUCGAAGGAUAGCGCGAUUCGGUUUCAGGAAGUUACGCUUAAGGUUAAUUGCGCGUUGGAUGUCUUUACGGACGUUUUGAUCAUGUCUCUGCCCAUCUCCCUACUCUGGAGCGUCCGCGUCAGCUUUGGCCGAAAGGUCGUCCUCGCCGGCCUCUUCUCCCUCGUCCUCAUCACCAUGGUAAUCGCAAUAGUGCGAGUCACGGUCGUCAGCAAAGGCUACGUGGUUGGUCAUCGGCAAGCCGAGAUAUCUUGGCUGUACUUCUGGAGCUUUACUGAGUUUGCUGUCGCUAUUCUCGUAGCCUGCCUCGCCUCCUUCCGCGCCCUCUUCGCCCAGAAAGAACGCCAAUCAGAAGCUGAAGUCGCCCGCAAGCGCGAGCUUGCUCAGCGCGACUCCCCCUCCGGCGGGAGCUCCAGGGCGCUGUGGGCGCGCGCAAAGUUCUUCCAGCAGUCGCUUUUUGAGACUGAGAAGACGGUUGAUCAGGAGACUAAGCGCGGUGGUUCUGACGACUUUGUGCCGCUGAGCGACAUCAGCGGCUCAGAACGUGGUGAGUCGAGGGCGACGGGAGAUGCGCACUCGAUCCAGGGUGUGUCGAAGUUGGAGAGCCAGGAUGGGUAUAUUGGGUAUCCUACCGCGCACGUGGUACAGCCGUGGCGGGGGUCGUUGUGAACAGGUCCGAAGCUGGCCAGGCUCCUUGAAAGCGGACUCGAAGUGCUGGCGUCUCGGUCCGCAAGGUGCAGAUAGCCCCCAUUGACAAGGAGGGGAAGCUGGUCGACGUAUCCGCCACAGAGAAGGGAUGGGACCCACAAUGUCCAAGCUCUUGUGGUACUCUUUUAGGAGGCAUUUGUUUAUUUUAGGCCAAAGAUGAACCUGCAAAAAUCUUUUACACC